CGAUAAACUAAGCAUCGAUACAUCACUAAAAGCGCGCGGACGACGAGCUCAGUUUGAAUCGCGAUACUGUCGAGGUUGAUCGUGUUUUUUGUGUUUAUCUGAACCGCUAUUACUACGAAACCAUGGCAACAAAGGACCCCGUUAUUUGCAAUAGCUGCAAUGGAGCCAUUCAAGGCAGAAUAGUCACGGCGCUCAACAAGAAAUGGCACCCAGAGCACUUCACUUGCAACUCGUGCCGCAAGCCGAUAGAGGGCGCCAAGUUCCACCAGCAUGACGGCGGCGUGCACUGCGUGCCGUGCUACACCAAGUUCCACAGCCCGAGGUGCCACGGCUGCGGGGACCCCAUCACUGACCGCGUGAUCCAAGCACUGGGUGUGUCAUGGCACGCACACCACUUCGUGUGCGGCGGCUGCAGGAAGGAACUUGGCGGUGGUGGUUUCAUGGAACAGGCCGGUCGCCCCUACUGCUCUGCGUGUUAUGCCGACAAGUUCGCAGCGCGGUGCGCAGGCUGUGCCAAGCCGAUCGUCGACAAGGCCAUCAUUGCUUUGGACGCCAAGUGGCAUCGCGAAUGCUUCACUUGCACGAAAUGCACAAAUCCAGUAACAGACUCUACAUUCUCCGUGAUGGACAACAAGCCGCUUUGCGCGAAAUGCGCCUAGACAUACACACGUUAUUUAUUUAUUUAUUACGUAAAACAUUAUAUAGAUGUCUUAAAUAUUACAUCUACGUAUAGUUACGAAGAAAAAAUUGCUUUCAUUAGAAAUCUGGUUAUAGCCGGCUACUCAUUCGCCUGCAGCAGGGGCAAUAUUGGAAUUGCAUCCAUAAUUGGCUCCUUAAUUGUGAUGUGUAUAGGCAAGUAGGGGCAAUUUAGAGAUCAAUUAAAAUUGCUCCGAUCGCUAUGCAACAGAGAUUGUUCCAAUAUUGCCCCUGCGGCAGGUACGUGAGUAACCGGCUUUAGAAUUUUCUGGCCAAGUAUUUUAGAUUAAUUAUAUUCUGAAUAGAUAUAAAAAUAUUCAGCUUAUAUACUUCAGCAUUGGCAUAUGCAUAAUAUUUAAUACAAUCUAUAAAAAAUCAAAGAUACACCCCAUCGAUGUAAAUUGCACCGCUCUAUUUUUGCAAGUUUAAAAAAAAUCUGUUUGUUUUGAUAUUAUACUGGUGCUUUAAAAAUAUACUAUAUAGAGUAAAAAUGUAUUUUAAAAUAUUUUUUAAAUUGUAUAACAGCACAAAGACACUGUAAAUAUAUUUAUUGAUGUAAAUUUAAGUAACUGUGAUGCUUAUGGGCUUGUACGAGAAUUUAAAAUUAUUGUACGCUUUGUACUACUUUUUUUGUCAAUAAAUCACAUAUUUUUUAA